AUGGAUCGGAGAACGGGCGGAAGCAUGCGAGGCAGACGGCCCAAUGGCACCCACAAGACCGCGUCCGUCGUCGUGCCGCCGCAGCAGAUAUCAGUCACCACGCACCCCCUCUCCGACGACCGCGCAAUCGAAGAAUCCACCACCGAAGGCUCCGACGGCAUGCCCACGCCCUCGCCCAGCCAGCUCAGCGGCGACGGCAGCUUGCCUGCCGACUCGCCCAGCUCUGCCCGGCGGCCCAAUGCGUCGCGGAAGCCUUCCUCGCCCAUGGCCCCGACCUUCAUGGUCUCCGCGCCCGGCAAGGUCAUCGUCUUCGGCGAGCAUGCCGUCGUGCACGGCAAGCGGGCCAUAGCCGCCGCAAUCUCCCUCCGCUCGUAUCUGCUCGUCACCACGCUGUCCAAGUCGCGCCGCACCGUCACGCUGAACUUCCAGGACAUCGGCCUCGACCACACCUGGGACAUCGAUGCGCUGCCCUGGGACGCCUUCCACCUCCCGGCCAAGAAGAAGUUUUACUACGACCGCGUCACCACGCUGGAUCCAGACCUGGUCGAAGCCAUACAGCCGCAUGUCGCCAACGUCUCGCCAAACAAGCUGCCCGAGGUCAGAAAGGUGCAUCAGGGCUCGGCGAAUGCGUUUCUGUACCUCUACCUGUCGCUCGGCUCUCCGCAGUCGCAUGGCGCUAUCUAUACGCUGCGGUCUACCAUCCCAAUUGGCGCGGGCUUAGGGAGCAGUGCCAGUGUGUGUGUCUGUCUAAGUGCCGCCCUGCUGCUGCAGAUACGUGCCUUGGCAGGGCCGCACCCAGACCAGCCUUCGGCUGAAUCGGAGGUCCAAAUCGAGCGGAUCAACCACUGGGCCUUUGUUGGCGAGCUCUGUAUCCACGGUAACCCCAGCGGGGUGGACAAUACAGUGUCGGCGGGGGGGAAAGCGGUGCUGUUUCGCCGCGGCGACUAUUCCAAGCCCCCCUUCGUGAAGCCCAUUCUCGAUUUUCCGGAGUUGUCGCUUCUGCUUGUCAAUUCGCGCCAGGCAAGGUCUACCGCAACUGAAGUCGCCAAAGUUGCAGCAUUAAAGCAGAGCCACGAGACCAUCACGGAGUCCCUGCUUGAGGGCAUCGACCAAGUCACCACCUCCGCGUAUGAUUUUAUCUCGUCGGAGAGAUUCGAUCACAAGUCCAGCGACACCCUGGACUAUUUCGGGACUCUGUUUCGUAUCAACCACGGACUGCUCGUCUCGCUCGGCGUCUCGCAUCCGCGGCUGGAACGCAUCCGGGAAUUGGUCGACCACAACGGCAUCGGGUGGACGAAGCUGACGGGCGCAGGCGGUGGCGGGUGUGCUAUCACACUCAUUGGUGCUAGCCGUGACUCGGCGGCUUUCCGGCUCCUUGAACGGCAGCUGGAUGACGAAGGAUACGAGACCUACGAAACGACGCUCGGCGGCCACGGCGUCGGGGUACUGUGGCCGGCCGUGCUGAAGAACGGCAGCGACGAGGAAGGUGGCGAGGAGAUCGACCAGCAGAAGUUCGAGAACGCGGAGGGCAACCAGGGCAUCGAGCAGCUGGUGGGCGUCGGCGUGGCCGAGGUGCGCGAGGGCUGGAAGUUCUGGAGACGCGGGCCGCUGGGCUGA